AGUUCUAAACUAUAUAUUGUUAUGCACCAGUGCAGAAACUACAAUAUUUUCAAUAUUUUCGUGGUUCAAAGGUGCGUCGAGCGGGAAAAAUUCAGUGAGGUAUUGGAUCCCUCUUCAGAAUCUCUGAAAAGCAAGGUUCAGUUUGGUUUUAGCAGUGCUCCGGUCUAGACACGGAGUAGGCAGAACCUAAACCUGACCCAACUCCAACCCAGCACCCAGAUAUUUAGGACAGUCUAGUAGUGAGCAGUGUCCAGUAGAAACUACCCACCUGAAGCUAAAACCAACCCUGCUCACACAACCAUCAAAUCUGGGAGAAAACAAAAUAGCUUCGUGAUGUCGUACACAAACCAGGCUUUUUCGGGGGCACCUAGAGAGAGGGACGGAACCUGGGUUAAAGAAAUAGAGCUCACUAGAUCCUCUCCUGGAGGGAGGAGUUCAGAACUCAAGACACAUUUGAACGAGGAAGCAUCCAAGAGGGUUGGAGUUAUUGGGAGUGGAGAUUUUGGACGCGCACUGGCAGGACGGUUAGCUCAAGCAGGAUACCAUCCAACCAUAGGGAGCAGGAACCCGGAGGAAAAUAGAUCUCUGAUACCAGCUGGAGUAGAAGUGAGCAGUAUAGAGAUAGCGUGUCGGGCUGAUAUCAUCAUAAUAGCCAUACCUAAAGGAUUCUAUCACACCAUCCCAGCACACCUUCUAACAGACAAGAUUCUAGUAGAUGUCAGUAACAGAACUGCAAUACGGAAUCCUGAACCUAUAUCCCAAGCUGAGUACUUGUCAAGCUUGUUCCCUAACUCCAAUGUGGUGAAAGGAUUUAAUGUUCUGUCCGCGUAUGCUCUUGAGUCCGGGGGUAUCCAAGGGAGUAAACAGGUUUACAUCGCUGGUGAUUCAGCUGAGUCUAAAGAGAAGGUUUCAGAUCUGGUUCGAGGAGCAGGGUUUGUUCCCGUAGAUCUAGGAGCUCUCACUGCAGCUAGAACAAUAGAAGAUAUUCCUGUUUCCGUGUUCCCAGCAUGGAAAGUUCCUUUCAUCCUCAACAUUAUUCUCUUUGUGUUCCUAUACGCUUUAUCAUUCGCUAAAUUCCAGAUUUGCUGGCCUCUUACUUGGAGUGAAACGUUUCUGUGGGAGUUAUGGAAUCAUAUUCCGAUGGAUAAUAUGAAUAAAACACUGGCUGUUCACGCGCUGGUCAGCCUAGCACUCUGCUAUCUACCUGGAGUCAUUGCUGCCUGGGUUCAGAUCUUCAGAGGGACAAAAUACUCAAGAUUUCCGAACUGGUUGGAUAAAUGGUUAAAGAUGAGAAAACAGCUUGGACUCCUCAUGCUUUUUGCUGCAGCUAUUCAUGCCUGUAUAUCGGUAGCUAUAAUGUCCCCACAGUAUCAAGGAGUGGUAUAUGGAGAACCAGAGGAAGCAUUUAUCCCUCUCAUGAAGGGUGAGGGGUGGGGACCCAAGACCCUUUCUUUAAAUAACACUGUUAAAAUCUACGGAACAGAGAAGAUGGACUGGAGAGGAGAAUGUUUUCUUAUAACAGGAGUUUUUGGGUUUGGUUUGGUUGUUAUCCUCGGGAUAUCUUCUCUUCCUUCUGUUACACAAACCUUGUCUUGGAAGGAGUUUCAGUGGAUUCAAUCCGGUCUAGGUUGGACUUCAUUACUGUUUCUGUGCGCGCAUGACAUGUUCUACGGCUGGCCGUACAUAAACGGACCGAGUUGCGGCAUUCCUUCCUCCUUUCAGUAUGCGCUCUAUAUUCCUGGAUUAACAAUACUUCUGAAGAUUCCUCUCGUCCUCCCACCUCUCAGCUACUACCUGGAUAAAAUUAGAGCAGGAUACGUCCGAGGUUCUAAAUCAGUUUCUCCAAGUCAAGCUUAAU